AUGGCCAGCCGUCAAUUCGUCGACCCGAUUCAACUUCUCAGAAUCACACCUCUGAUUGCAGCGACUUUGACUCUCGACCAUGCCUUUGACAGCAACCUCUUCUUGUCGGCCCUCAACCAGCCCGAAACACGCUCGAAAAGCAACGCCGCUCUCUCCACAUAUUUCCCCGUCGUCUCUCACGCUGGCUUCUACCGCCGUCUGACUUCUGUCUCGUUGACUGUUAUUGCCUCUGUCGCCAACCUUUACUCCCGUGGAAGCCCAGCACGAACAUGGUACCGUGCUGGAGCGAUUCUCGCAGUCACACACUUCAUCUUCAUGCCUUUCAUGGUCGCAUCCAAGGAAGCCAUUCGUACAAACCACCCUGCAAGAGACGCAAAUAUCGCACUGGACGAGUGGCUAUGGUUCAACAGACUGAGAGGCAUGACUGUUGAUCUGGCUGCUUUCGUGACGCUGGGUGUUGCUGUUGUCAAAAGUUUGGGUAACUGA